CAGAGCAGAACAUUCCCUCUAGCUGGAAUACCCAUUUUCCCAAACCCUAAUCCUGAAACUACAGGGGGGAAAAUAUUCUCCGAAUUCUGGGUUUCUUUUUUAACAAUGUCAAAGCAAAUGUCUCAUCUUGACAACAUUCCAUCAACGCCUGGGAAAUUCAAGAUGGAAAAAUCACCCUACGUUCACAAUAGAUUGAGGUGGCACUCCUCUCUUGCAAAGCUCACGUUUUGGUCCUUUAUGUUCAUGGGCGUGAUCUUGAUCUUCUUCUUUCGAUCUCCCUCCUCCAAUCCCCUCCCGCAAGAUCCUUCGCGCCGCUCUCUCCGUACCUUCAAUUGGGGUGGACCCGCUUGGGAAAAAAGGGUGCGUUCAUCUGCCCGUAUCCGUUCCCACAAUGGCAUCUGUGUUUUGGUUACCGGAGCCGCCGGUUUCGUCGGUACCCACGUGUCGGCUGCUUUGAAGACGCGCGGAGACGGUGUUCUUGGACUUGACAAUUUCAAUGACUAUUACGACCCUUCGUUGAAAAGAGCUAGGCAAGCGCUUCUGGAGCAAACUGGGGUUUACAUUGUCGAAGGAGACAUCAACGAUUCGUCUCUUUUAAGGAAACUUUUCGAGGUUGUCGCGUUCACCCACGUUAUGCAUUUAGCUGCUCAAGCUGGCGUCAGGUACGCCAUGGAAAAUCCUGGCUCUUAUGUGCAUAGCAAUAUUGCUGGUUUCGUUAGUUUACUCGAAAUUUGCAAGUCUGCUAAUCCGCAGCCUGUGAUCGUGUGGGCAUCUUCGAGUUCUGUUUACGGUCUUAAUACCAAAGUUCCAUUUUCUGAGAGAGAUAGAACUGAUCAACCUGCUAGUUUAUAUGCUGCGACUAAGAAAGCUGGUGAAGAAAUUGCACAUACUUACAAUCAUAUAUACGGACUUUCUUUAACCGGUUUGAGGUUUUUCACCGUUUACGGUCCUUGGGGUAGGCCAGAUAUGGCAUAUUUCUUCUUCACCAGGGAUAUAUUGAAGGGGAAGUCGAUAUCAAUAUUCGAGGCAGCUAAUCAUGGUACGGUGGCGAGAGAUUUUACGUAUAUUGAUGAUAUUGUGAAAGGGUGUUUAGGUGCAUUGGAUACGGCCGAGAAGAGCACAGGGAGUGGAGGGAAGAAGAAGGGUCCAGCUCAAUUGAGGGUAUACAAUCUGGGGAACACAUGGCCUGUUCCGGUUUCGGACCUUGUGAGUAUCUUGGAGAGGCUAUUGAAUGUGAAUGCAAAGAGGAAGAUAAUGAAGUUGCCUCGAAACGGGGACGUUGAGUUCACUCAUGCCAAUAUUAGCUUGGCUCAGAGGGAGCUGGGGUAUAAGCCGAGUACCAAUUUGCAGAGUGGUUUGAAGAAGUUUGUGAGGUGGUAUCUGAGUUACUAUUCUGGUGGGAAGAAAGCUGCUGGAUGAAUUCAUUCUUUGAAUUCUCAUAGUAGUAGUUCAUUAACCUUCUUAAUCAUUGUUUUUUAUAUUUCUGUGUUUAUUGCGG